AUGGGGGGGACAUCGGGAGAGACCCAGGACACGGCGGCGGCGGCGGCCGGCAGCGGCGCGGGGACGGCGGGCGGGCUGCGGAGCGCGUCCCCGCACAGGAACGCCUACGAAGCCAGCAUCCAGGCCCUCAAGACCACAAAGGAUGCCGACGGCGAGGACGCCAAGAAAGCCCGGAGCAAGAAGUAUGGCUCCAACGUCCACCGGAUCAAGAACAUGUUCCUGCAGAUGGGCACGGCGCCGGGCGCCGAGGGCGCCUGCGACUUGGCCAAGGCCAAAGAGAAGCCCGUCCGCCUCUCCUUGCCCCGGGCCAGCAGCCUCAGCGAGACCAUGGACCAGGGCACCCACCUGAAGCUGGGCACCAGCGUCUCCGAGCGGGUGAGCCGCUUUGACUCGAAGCCCGACAAGCCCUUCUCCAAGCUGCAGGAGACCCGCAAGAUCUUCGAGAGGAGCCUCCAGGAGAAGGAGACCACCAACAAGCUCCUGCUGCGGAAGGAGCGCGCCGGCUUCCAGGACCGAAAGCUCGACGUGGUGGUGAAGUUCAACGGCAGCACCGAGUCCUUGGACAAGCUGGACACGGAGGCCGUGUCACCCACCGUCAGCCAGCUCAGCGCCGUCUUCGAGAAGGCCGACCUGCGCAACAACCUGCACAAGACGCCGGGCAAAGUGGGGCCGCUCAACUCCAAGCUGGUCAGCAAACGCUCCCGGGUCUUCCUGCAGGGCCAGGAGGUGGGCAAGGCGGAGAGCCGGCCGGGCGACGGCCCCGCGCUCCAGGCCCGGCUCCGGCAAGCCGAGGAGGAGAAGGGGCCGGGCAAAGGCAGCCGGCCGGCAGAGAAGGACGGAGGCAGCGCCCGGGGACCGAGCGUGCAGGAGGUGUGCAAGAUCAAGCCGGUGGAGGUGGAGGAGAGCGGCGACUCGGAGCCGGAGCCGGAGGCGGCCGAGCGGGCGGAAGAGCCGGCGGGCGAGCCGGCGCCGCCGCCGGAGCCGGCCAAGGGGGCCGAGGUGCAGCGGGCCGAAGCGCCAGCGCCCGCGGGCCAGGAGGCCGGGCACGGGGCCACCGAGAAGCAGCCGGAGGGCGGCGAGGAGGCCGCCUACCCCGAGGAGGCCGGCAAGGGCGAGCGGGCGGACGAGGGCGACCUGUACGACGAGUCCAAGAAGGAGGACUUCUCUGAGGCGGACCUGGUGGACAUAAGUGCCUACAGCGGGCUCGGGGAGGACUCGGGGGGCAGCGGGCUGGACGAGGACGAGGAGGCCGACGGGCUCUACGAGCCCGAGUCCAGCUGCGUGGAGAUCCCCGGGCUGUCCGAGGAAGAGGAGCCUGUCCCCAACCGAAAGAUCCAGUUCAGCACGGCGCCCAUCCAGGUCUUCAGCACUUACUCCAAUGAGGACUACGACCGCCGUAACGAGGAUGUCGAUCCCAUGGCCGCCUCGGCUGAGUACGAGCUGGAGAAGAGGGUGGAGCGGCUUGACCUCUUCCCCGUGGAGCUGGAGAAAGACUCCGAAGGGCUGGGGAUCAGCAUCAUCGGCAUGGGUGCAGGGGCCGACAUGGGCCUGGAGAAACUGGGCAUCUUCGUCAAGACGGUGACAGAGGGAGGGGCUGCCCACCGGGACGGCAGGAUCCAGGUGAACGACCUCAUCGUGGAGGUGGACGGCACCAGCCUGGUGGGGGUGACGCAGAGCUUCGCCGCCUCCGUGCUCAGGAACACCAAGGGCCGCGUCCGGUUCCUCAUCGGGCGGGAGAAGCCGGGCGAGCAGAGCGAGGUGGCCCAGCUGAUCCAGCAGACCCUGGAGCAGGAGCGGUGGCAGCGGGAGAUGAUCGAGCAGCGGUACACCCAGUACACCGAGGAUGAUGAGGAGACGGGCGAAUAUGCCACAGACGAGGAGGAGGAGAUGAGCCCCAUGUUCCCCAGCAGCGAGAUGGCCAUCGAGGUGUUCGAGCUGGCUGAGAACGAGGACACACUCUCCCCCGUGGAGAUGGACCCCGAAAAGCUGGUGCACAAGUUCAAGGAGCUCCAGAUCAAGCACGCUGUCACUGAGGCUGAAAUCCAGCAGCUCAAGAGGAAGCUGCAGUGCCUGGAGCAGGAGAAGGCCCGGUGGCGGGCCGAGAAGGCCCAGCUGGAGCAGAGCGUGGAGGAGAACAAGGAGCGGAUGGAGAAGCUGGAGGGGUACUGGAUGGAGGCACAGAACCUGUGCCAGGCUGUGGACGAGCACCUCAAGGAGACGCAGGCCCAGUACCAGACCCUGGAGCGCAAGUACAGCAAGGCCAAGAGACUCAUCAAGGAGUACCAGCAAAAGGAGAUCGAGUUCCUGAAGAAGGAGACGGCCCAGCGGCGCGUGCUGGAGGAGUCGGAGCUGGCCCACAAGGAGGAGAUCGAGAAGCUGCAGGAGAAGAUCUCCGAACUGGAGGCCAAGCUCAUCCCCACCCCCGGUACAGCACCCCUCCACUCCCGAUACAGCAUCCACCCCCGGUAUAGCAUCCUUCCGGUACAGCAUCCCUCCCAGUACAGCAUUCGCCCCCGGUACAGCAUCCCUCUGUGCUAUCUCAUCAUGUCGGUCUCCAAGCUGCAGGACGUGGAUGAGGUUUUUGAUUUUACCGCUGUGGUUCCAGAGACGCAGCGGCUCGACAGCAGCUUGCAGAAGGCCCGAGCUCGGCUCCUAGCCAAAGGCCGGCGGCACCGGCCGUCCCGCUCCCGCCUGCGAGACAGCGCCAGCUCCACCGAGGGUGAAGAGGGGCCCGAGCGGAGGGGCAGCGGCAGCCCCGCGGCCGGGAGGCGCUCGCCGGGCGGCUGCUCGUCCCCGGCCUCGUCCCCGCUCUCGGCCCCGUCGCCCUUCUCCCGCGGCACCGAGUUCUCCUUCGAGGCCUCGGCCGUGCGGCGGGCGCUGGGGGACCCCGAGGGCCCCUCGCCGCCCCUCAGCCGCUACCGGCCCCUCACCAACGCCUCGUCCCAGGAGGGGCUGGCGGGCACCCCCUCGCCCAAGUCCUGCCACAGCUCCGACAGCUCGCCCGGCUUCGCCCGCCGCGACGCCCGGCCCCAGCGGCACAGCGAAGAUGACAGCCGAGACAUGAGCCCCCCUGAGCCGGCCAGCCCCACUGUGGGGCUGGAUAAGAAAACACGGAGGAAGUUCUUGGAUCUGGGGGUGACCCUCCGCCGGGCGUCCUCCAGCAAGAGCAAGAAGGAGAAGGGCAGCAACCGCCUGUCCAUGGGCAGCAGGGAGGCGGCGGAGGGCCCCGGCCGCCCCUCGGGCUCACCCUUCCUGCCCUUCUCCUGGUUCUCGGAUGGCGCAAAGGGCUCGGCCUCCCCGGGCACUGCUUCGCCCGCUGGCUCGCCCCGGCACGAGGGCCUCAGCCCCGCCAAAUCUGCCUCCCAGGAAUCGACGCUGAGCGACGACUCCACGCCGCCCAGCUCCAGCCCCCGGCUGCCCAGUGGCACGGCCGACACCAAGUGCUCCUACCCUUAUCACACCCUGUCGCAGUCCUCGGAUGAGUUCCUGGACGAGCCUCUCGGCGCAGCUGCAGGCUGGACGUGCCAGCAGGUCGGGCAGUGGCUGGAGAGCCUCAACCUGGAGCAGUACGUGGAUGAGUUCUCGGCCCACGGGGUUGAUGGUCCCCGGCUCCUGCACCUUGAUGGCGCCAAGCUCAAGGCGCUGGGUGUGGGCAGCUCGCAGGACCGCGCCGUGCUCAAGCGGAAGCUGAAGGAGCUGAGCCUGGCAGUGGAGAAGGAGCGCAAGGCCCAGGAGAAAGCAGAGAAGCAGCGGGAGAAGCAGAAGAAGAGAGACCAGGAGCAGCGGAGGAGCUAGGGGGGGCCAGGAGCACCCCAGCACCCCUUCCCCUGCCUGCAGCCCCUGGGACGCCCGGGCCGGGGGGCACCGGGCUCCGGCACAGGACACACCAACCGUGGCGAAGGGACCGUGGUGCCAGGCCAAGAUGAGCACAGAGUGGCACGUGCCCCCCUCCUCCACCCACCCCCUCCCUGCCUGCACCCUCCACCCCAUGGGCACAGACCGGGGCCUGAGCCCCUCUUCCGGAUGCAAAUGGCACGUCAGCCCCCACACCCUGCCCAUCUCCCCCCCCCUCUGGCCACCCCACGCCCCGAAGGGCCCAGGAGGUCCCAGCUGCCCCUCCGCCCGGCGUGGUGUGGCACCAGCUGAGGACAGUGCAUGGCCUGACACCCCCAGACGUGUGCAGCCCGAGUCGGGAUGCGGUAAGCGAAUGCUGAUUCCUCCCCCUCCUCCCCAAAUACAACCGACCCGGCCCGCCAGCGGCAUGGGUGGCACCCCAGGAAAUAAAAGGGUAAC